AUGAAUCUAUAUAAGAAAUUAGGCUUUGGUGCUUACCACGCAUCAAAUAUUGCAAACUCCGAGGCCCUUGGCUGGAAUGCUCUACCUUAUGAUCAACCAGACAAUGACUCUCACGAUGUGGUUUUUGCCUUAGUCCCACGCGAUGGGGAGCCGGUUCAAGAUGUCGACAGCUACAAGUGGGGUUUCCGUAGUGGCAAUGUCAAUGUUGAUGUCAACCAAACUGAAUACUACAACGAUUCCCGUUUGGACGGUCGAACAACUUACCCAGCAAUCUUGUAUCAACGUGAUGCAAAGAUACAGCAUCUAGAUGCUGUUGCCUUGCCAUCAUCAAAAAAUGACAUAUUCAAUCACCUACUCUUCGCCCAGAUGCUUAUCCACGCCGAUUGCCUCCUACAAGAAUUCAAGCUUGUCGUUCAAAAACGGAUUGUUCAAAAUGUAGUGAUGAAGCAGGGAAAUGAUUGGUUCAACCUGCGUGAACCACUUGAAGAGCAUCCGGCAUACAUCACCUCUGAUUGCGAGUUCCGCCCUUGGAAUCGUACAGAAACUUUUCUGGGCCGUCUUUUGCACUGCUUCACCCACUGGACAUACGAAUUUCACCACCGAAAGGCGCUGCUCUGUGGGUUCCAUGGAUCUGAUGGUAUCAUCACUGAGGUUGCCAUCAUGGAUCAAGCUUACCUCCCUGAAAGUGUUUUUUGCGACCUCCAAUGCAUUUUUUCCACUGAUAGAUUUAACUACAAGUAUUACAUUGAAUGUGUAAUAAUUGAAGUCAGAUUUCACAAAAACAAGCAGGGACCAUGCUCCUUUCUUGUUUGA